CAUGUUUGGUUCUUUUGUUUGGCGUGCAACAGUGUGGUGUUUUUGUGUUGCAUUUUAUUUUAAAAAAAAUCGAAACAAAUUAGCAAGCCUUCACGUAUGUGGAUGCAAUUGUCUGUAGUCCGUAAUCAAUUGCAACAUUAGACCACUUUGGCAAGCAGAAUCAAUCUAAAAAUAUGUCGAACGGAGAUCAACAAGUACAUGAUGAUGUUAUGGAGGUUGACCAUCAGAAGGAUGAUCAUGAGUACAAAUUUCUAUCAGAUGGAUCGAAUUCGCAGUUAGCUGAUUUCUUAGAGACAUGGCGCGAAGAAAUCUAUCGGAAACAUAGGAUUCUUCGCUUGAAUGACGAUUGUUUUUUCAAAAUCUUCAGUUAUUUGCGGGCGAAUGAUUUGCGUGUGCUGAGCGAAACAUGUCGCGAUUUCCAAAGACUUUCUCGCUGUUACGUCGAGGGGCAUAGCAGAAGAUUUCGCCUUCAAAGGGAGAAUUUCUAUAACGAUGGGUCUAACAUAAGUUUGGAUGAUGCUAAACUGUUCAUCCGGAACUUCGGUCAAUACCUCAAAAAAUUGUCGCUCAAAAUCGAUGACUUUCUGAUUGCUGAAAAACCGAUUGGACUGCUGCCUCACAUAGACCGAUAUUGUACUCAGUUGCAAGACCUUGUAAUUGACGUCACCUCUUCGGAUCCAAUGACAAUUAUCCAGUGCGAACAGCUGAAUGCAAAUUUGCAACGAUUGGCGAUUGGAGCACAUAUGCGGCAAUGUGACUCCAUAUUUGGCCCAAUAAAUGUCGACGAAAUUUUGACACACUUUGCAUCGUUGAAACAUUUGGAGGUGAAUCGCUUGCGUUGGAUCGUAGGUGAAGGUGCGUACAUAGCGAAGCGUUACGAAGCAUUAGAGUCCUUAUCGCUGCAGAGUUUCAUUUUACCGCCUGUCGACACGUUAACAGCUUUCCUCAGCGAAAAUCAACAAUUGAAAAGAGUAAAGUUAUCGUGUUGCUUAUUUUAUAAAUUCACGAGUCACGUUACACUAACAUUGCCAAAUUUGGAGUCUUUCUGGCUACGAUUUCGAGACUACAAGUAUCGUGUAUCCGGUGAUGACAUCGAAGGUAUGCAAAUACAUCAGCUUCAUUUGUCGGAUAUUACGGGCGAUAUUCCAGCACUAAAGAAACUUCGAAUCGACAUGAACAUUUUUCAAAAAUCCAACCUCAACCCACUUCUUGACCGUUUAGCAGUGCACAAUACCAUCGAAAAAAUUGGUAUUGCGAACACCGAUGAAUUUCCUGACGAAAUGGAAAAACACUUGUGUGCACUGACCUCGUUGAAAAUAUUGAGGUUCACCUGGGUUAAAGGUUUUACCAAUGAAAUUGCCAAAAAAUUGGCCUGUGGCUUGCCGAAUUUACCGUAUGUUGAAUUCCAUUAUUGCGAUGUUACCUUCAGUAUGAUCGAAUAUUUUCUGGAAUUUUCACAUGGUGUUCAUACAAUUUGUCUGUUUAUACAUGUACCGAAAAAGGAAAGGUCACCGCUCACGAAAGCUGUUUUGUUGUCUAUGAUGAAUGCUCGACGCCGAAACAAACACAGUAAUGUGGUAUUGACGUUGAUUCUAAAUGACAAUGUCAUAUCUAAAGCAAGAAUGAGAUGUGAUGAUGGAGUUUGUGAAUUGUUACUGGACUGUACUGAUAUUAUCAAAGUACUUCCAUCAAGUAUGAUAAAUACUUUGAGGUACUAAGACACUUUCUUAGCGAGGCUAAUGUAUAUUGCAUUACAAUCAUUCCAAAUAAUUUGAAUACUUGGACGUCUUAAACUUUAGGAAGGAAGGAAGGCAAAGUAAAAAUAUCAAAUUGUAAUCAAAUACCAAAAAAUAUUAUCAAAACGAUGACUUUUCUACGGAAUAAAUUUUAACUAUUUGUUAAGUCA